UGCGCCGGUCCCGUCCCCUCGCCCGCUCCGCAGGGCCCCCGGUGUCGUUCCCCGGGGCUCGGUGCGGGACUCCCGGUGUCCGGACGGUACCCGCGGUACCGCGGGCGCGCGGCGGCGACGUCGCGCCCAUGACGUCACGCGCGGGGCCGCUCCGGGGGUGCGCGCGGGCGCCGCCUGGCGGCGGUCACAUGACCGGGCGGGCGGAAGAUGGCGGAGCCGCCGGGCGCCGCGGCCGAGGACGCGUGGGGGAAGGUGGGGCCGGGAUCGGGUCGGGCCGGGCCGCCGGGUGCCGCGGGGGCGCAGGGCGGCACGCCGGGACGCGGCUCAUGGCGUCCGGGCAGGGUGGGGUUUGCCCUCCGUGACCGCGUGUCUCUGCUCGCUCGGGAAUCCGGCGGGGCUCCAGGUCUGCCCUGCACCGAGGGGCUGAGCGUGGCUGGGCAGGAUUCCUAUCCUGAGCAGGAAGAGGAAGAGGAAGAUGAUGAGGACAGUGACUACCACCAGGAGCCCUGCAAGGAGUCCUACAAGGACCAGCGCCGCCGGGCACACACCCAGGCCGAGCAGAAGCGCCGAGAUGCCAUCAAGAAAGGCUACAAUGACCUGCAGGCCAUUGUCCCCACCUGUGAGCAGCAGGAUUUCUCCAUCAGCUCACAGAAGCUGAGCAAGGCCAUCGUGCUCCAGAAAACUAUUGACUACAUCCAGUUCCUGCACAAGGAAAAGAAAAAACAGGAGGAGGAAGUUUCUACCCUCAGGAAAGAUGUGAUGGCCUUGAAGAUCAUGAAAGUGAACUACGAGCAGAUUGUGAAAGCUCAUCAGGACAACCCAAACGAGGGGAAGAACCAGAUCUCUGAUGAGGUGAAGUUCAAUGUUUUCCAAGGCAUCAUGGACUCCCUGUUCCAGUCCUUCAACGCCUCAGUCUCUGUAACGAGUUUUCAGGAGCUCUCAGCGUGUGUCUUCAGCUGGAUUGAGGAGCACUGCAAGCCCCAGACGCUGCGGGACGUUGUCAUCGGGGUCCUGCACAAGGUGAAGAGCCAGCUCUACUGAGCCUCCCGUGCCACUUCUGUGCCUGUGGGGAUGGGGCACUUCUGCCCAGAGGCCUGGGUGCCAGGCACCACCCUGGGUCCUC